AUGCCCUUAUCUAGAACUCGGUCGCUGUUCCGAAGUUUGAGCGCCGGUAACGUCCACUCCGACGCAAACACCAGUCCCAAGGCCUUCAGCGGCAGCGCCAACGCCAGCACCAAAUCUAGUGACCACGAAGGCAACGCCAGUAGCAACCUUCUAGGCUCGACCUUCAGCUUCACUCUGCCAACAUUGUCAUCGCUUGCGAAUAUCACCAGUCGGCGACGGAGCAGAGCGAAGUCGACAGGCAAGCGGAGAAGAGAGGGCAACGAUACGGAUACCCAUCGCCCGGAAAGCAGAGAUCGAGCCUGGCCAAGGGAGCGACUGGAGCCCAACUCCAGUGGCGAGGAAAGCCAAUGCUCCCCCAGAGAACAAUCGUCCAAUGGCAAAGACGAUGCCCAUUUGAAAGUCCCAUCAGUGCCAUCCGGUCCAGCACGAGCACGAACACCAGUACCAGCACCAGCACCAGCCACAGCUCCUCUUCACCCUCCCACUCCUCCUCCUCUCGUCCCAACCGAGCCUGAGCCUGCGCCGGCGCCUGAACCCACUUCAUUUUCCGCGAAUCCAUCUCAACUUGAUAUACCUGCAAACACCACGAGCAUCAACACCACGGUAUCUACCGGUGGUGCCGUCAACAUUUCCACCCUGAAUCCUUCGUCCACUCGACGUCCUCCCUCUACUGCCACCACAAAUCCUCCCCUCCUCGUCGUUCAGCACCCUUCUACUCCGAACGUCCCGACUCUUCCAUCUCCAUCUCCAUCAUGCCCUCGAUAUGAUUCCCCCGAAGCAAUGCAGAGAAAGAUCUGGGUGAAGCGGCCCGGCGCUUCCCCCACCAGAGUAGAGGUUGCUGAAGAUGAUCUGGUGGACAAUGUUCGCGAUGUCAUUCUACAAAAAUAUGCCAAUUCUCUCGGCCGAAGUAUCGAUGCUCCCGACAUUACGCUAAAAAUCAUCAAUCGUGAGCAAGGCAAUAAAGUUGUGCCGUCGGAACGAGCUUUAGGACCUGAAGAACCCAUUGGUAUCACCUUGGAUACAUACUAUCCCGGAGGACAGACUGUCGACGAAGCCUUGAUCAUCGAAGUGGCUACUGUACGCCGGACGCCACGACCAUCCCCUCGAAGCGGAAACCACCAAAUCUCCUACUACUACCAGGAUCACUACCGCCCUCCUGACGAUGCUCGAGAAUAUUUCCCCCCUAUGCCCCUGCACUCUCCUCAUCUCUCCAAUGUACCGCACCCAGGUGCCGUCCAACAUUCCAUGUCCGUCUUGACGACUGGUCAGCUACCGCCUUUGCCUAGUCCUGGAUCACAUGGAAGAAGACAUCCCAGACCAAAGUAUGGCCGGCAACAUACCAGCAGCCCGACGAUCUUGCAUACCGUGCAGCCCAAUGGGCAAGUCCUUGAGCCCAAAUCGCAGAUGAAUGGCACCAUUCCCACAGCUCCGCCUCUUCCCACUUCUCCGACGCUGGGUGACCACAAACCCUCGAUAAGCCCUCCGAACCGGGUAUCAUCCCCCCUCCCUGGACAAAAGCAAAGGAAAAGGAAGAACCCCGUCACAAACCGUUCAGCCAAUGGUGAUCCUCCUCCGCCUUCGACCAAACCCGCAUCGGCAGCUUUGUUGGAUGGUACUGUGCCACCCAUUAAUGUGUUGCUGGUGGAGGACAACGUCAUCAACCUGAAAUUGCUGGAAGCUUUCAUGAAAAGGCUCAAAGUGAGGUGGCAGUCUGCGAUGAACGGGAAAGAGGCUGUGGCUAUGUGGAGGAAGGGCGGGUUUCAUCUCGUCUUGAUGGAUAUCCAGCUACCAGUCAUGAACGGUCUGGAAGCUACAAAAGAGAUCCGACGGCUUGAAGCUGUCAAUGGAAUUGGCGUAUUCGGUGGCAGUCCCAUUGAGACUCAUCCAAAAGCACCCACCACGAACGGAGCUCCCGAAGAAGCUGACGCUUUACAUGAUCGAAAUUUGUUCAAGAGUCCGGUCAUUAUUGUAGCACUGACCGCGAGCAGUCUACAGAGUGACAGGCAUGAAGCAUUGGCCGCAGGGUGUAAUGACUUCUUGACCAAGCCCGUCAAUUUUGUAUGGAUGGAGCGUAAAGUCACGGAAUGGGGAUGCAUGCAAGCGUUGAUCGACUUUGAUGGAUGGAGAAAAUGGAAGCAGUACGCCCAGGAGAAAGCUCAAGAAGAUCCAGCCAAGAAGGCCGCUGAAGAGAAGGAGGAGAAAGCGAAAGCUAAAGCUGCCCUCAAAGCUAUGUUUUCCCGACCUCCACCUGGCACGAAGAAGGAUAGCGAGGAAAGUCUGGAUUCCCCAGGCACAGCAGAUGGUGUCACUACCCCAGCGCCAAAUGGCCCGUCAAAGAAAGCCGUCAGUCCUAGUUCGAGUGGUGGGGGAGUUCCGUCGAGAGGCCCAAAGACUAAUCGAAAUAUUGUCAAUGGUGGGAGAGGGAGCCUGGAGAGCAUGGCUGAAGAGCAUGGAGAGGGUUCAUGACAGCAAUUCACAGUGGCACAUCGAAGAAAGACAUGAUCGGUACUGGACACCUCAACAACACGGUUCCACAGGAUGGAGAAGCGCCUCUGCAAGGACGGCGAUUGUGUUGGGUGCGUGAUAGAUGUGGCUCCCGAGGACGAGAAGUGGCUUUGUCGUCUUGUGUUUCUGGUUUGGGGCAUUGCAGCGAGCAUUCUAUCGGGCGUCGAACACACACCUGGGAAUAUUAUGUGGGCUGGCUUCAUUUCCUAUGUGUAUGGGGACAGCCGAAUGUACUUUUUCAGGAUGUCGAGGAAACGACAUCUAUUGGUUCUUGGAGCGGAGGAUUCACACAGUUGCUGUGUCGCGCGACACUUGAGAAUAAUUUGCAAGAAAUGCCGGAGCAUAUCCAUCCGCUUUCGACGUCCCUAUUGAUCAUGCAAAGCCUCACUUAUCUUUGCUCCAUAUCCAGGCGGCGUCGCAGAGCUGGAACGAC